GGGGUGGCAGGUGUGGCUGUCUUAGAUGCAACUAGUUAUAUGGGCCUGAAAGUCAAGAGAGGGAUUGGGUGGGAGGCUUAGAUUGGGGAGCUGUAGGAGUAAACCAGUGGUUCUCAACUGGGAGUGAUGUUGCCUGCUAGGGGACAUUGGGUAAUCUGGAGACAUUUUGGGUUAUCACCACUGGGGCUUGGGGGAGGAUGCUACUGGCAUCUGGUGGGUGGAGGCCAAGGAUGGUGCUCAGCACCCCACAGUGCACAGGACAGCCCCUCACAAUGAAGAAUUCUAUGGUCUCAAAUGUCAGUACUGCUAAAGUUGAGAAACUGUGGUGUAGGCAGAAGGUGUGGUUGAAGAUAUAUGAGAUGGUGAUCCAGGAAGUAGGAAGGAGGACAAACUCAAAUGCCUUAAACGUGCAGGCAAAUGACCAGAGCAGGGACAGGCCCCGUACACCAGGCAUGCCUUCUCAUCCUGCCCUCCCCAAUAAAAUUACUAGAGGAAGAACUUCUAGGCAGUACUAGCUGAAUAAAAUUCGAGCCACGUGUAAUGUUAAAUUUUCUAGUGGCCUCACUAAAAAAUAAUGAAAAGAAACAGGUGAAAUUAAUUUGAAUAACAUACCUUCCUUAACCCAGUCUAUCCAAGGUAUCAUUCAAAAUGCAAUCCAACAUCAAAUUAUUUGUGAGAUCAUUUGCAUUCUCUCAUUUCUUUUUUGUUGUUGUUGUUGUACUAAGUCUUGGGAAUCUGUUGAGCAUUUUGUGUGUGCACAGCACAUGUCAACACAGAGCAGGCUUUGAGUGCUCAUCGCCUUGUGGGCCUGGGGGCUGUCGUUCUGGACAUGGAAGCCCUAAGAGAUCUUUAAUGUUAGCUUCAUAUCACAAUUGUUGGAUCACUUGAAAGUUUUCUGGAAAAGGUGGCUGCCUUCUCAGUUCCAGCUGGUUCUUGCCACAUGUAGAAGUGGUUUUUGAAGUGUACCUGGCAAUUUGAAUUUGUGUGGGCAUCCUCUGGCUUUUAAAACAUUGCCCUGUACAAUGUUUAAAAAAAAAAAACAAAAAACCCACAAAACUUCGUGGCCUUUGAGCCUCCAGUUUGCACCUGGUUGAGGGGUGGUCUUCAGAUCUGUCCCAUGAGGUAGGUAGCCACUAGUUACAUGUGGCUAUUUAGAUUUAAAUUAUAGGAAAGUAAAUAAAAUGUAAAAUUCAGGUCCUUGAGCCACAUCUCAAGAGUGCAGUAAUCCCACGUGGCUAGUGGCUGUCAUACUGAACAGCGUGCAGAUCAUGGAACAUUUCCACCACUGCAGAAAGUUCUGGUGGACCACUGUCUAGGACAUAGCUCUGGCUACCACCCUCCUAUCCCCCCAGGCCCCCCAGCUGUCCUCAGCGCUCUCCCCGCCUCACCAGUGCCUGCUCCAGGACAAGCGGAGUGCCCUACAAGUACACGGCAGCUGGAGGGAGGACAAGCUGCGGGCGCCACGCUGCGGCCGGGCGAGGGCUGCAGCUCCCGGGGUGCGACUCCUCUGUGCAGUUGCAGCGCACUCUGUGCUCAAGCCCUUGGCGCGCGCGCCUGCGCCCGGGCCUUCGAGUGCCCCAGUGACCAGAGCCCCCGCGCUGACGCACACGCCGGCUGGCCGGCUCUGCCCCCACCGCCUCCGUGGGCCUCGGCUUCCCCAUCUGCCCUGUGGAAAGUGCCACCCUUCCCCGCUUCCUUAGCAGGCAACAUCUGGCCUUCUCUUGCCCUCAGUUUCCCCACGUGCCCACUGGAUACCACCUUCCCCACCUCUAUAUCUGGCAAGGUCUGGCCUUCUCUGGGCCUCAGUUUCCCCAUGUGAUCAGUGGGAAGUGCCACCCUUCUGCACCUCCAUAUAUAGCACCGUCUGGCCUUCUACCGGCCUCGGUUUUCCCAUUUGCUGGAGAAACGGCUUGUGCUACAUCAGAGCAAACGGCUGGCCUCUGGACCUCGCGUUCCCCGUUUGCUCAGCCAACAGAAAUAUCCCUUCUCGCCCUCUGCAUUGUGUGGUGGCUAUGCCUGAGCAGGCAGGGUGGCCCAGUGGAAAGAGGACAAACUUGGGCGCCAAUUCCUUGUGGGACUUCGGACAAAAGACUUAACCUUGCUUAACCUCAGUUUAUUGGCCGAUCUCCGUCAAAGCGAUUGAAUUAUUCCUGUUGGGAAGGUGGUGGUGGGGAGCAGGGGGACCGGCUUCUUUGGAGGGACCCGCGUCUCCCGUUCCCGGGUCCCCCGGAGGCGCUCCAUAAAGGCGGGCCUUUGGGAACAGCCGCCUCAGAGGCAGCGGAACCUUCGCGCGGAGUUCGAGCGUUUCCGGCCGGCCUCCUUUCCCAGGGACGUCGUCGCCCCUCGCGCCCCCGCGCCCGCGCCCCCAGUCCCCGCAUCCCCGGCGCCGCCGGCCCGGAGCUGCCCGGAAGUCUCGGUCCCGACGCCGGCGCUCGCCAGAGGAAGCCCGGGGCCGCCCGGGACCUCGGCCCGCUCCUCCGGACCUGAGAGGCCGCUGCACCGGCUGCCGCUCCAGAUGCUGCUGCUGCCGCCGCGGCCACCCCACCCUCGGUCCUCCUCUCCGGAGGCCAUGGACCCACCGUCCCCCAAGGCUCCCCCUUUCCCCAAGGUGGAAGGCCCCUCCUCCACUCCUUCCUCGGCGGCAGGGCCCCGACCCCCGCGGCUGGGCCGCCACCUACUCAUCGACGCCAACGGGGUCCCCUACACGUACACGGUGCAGCUGGAGGAGGAGCCCCGGGCACCGCCCCAGCGCGAGGCGCCCCCAGGAGAGCCCGGCCCUCGCAAGGGCUACAGCUGCCCAGAGUGCGCCCGUGUCUUUGCUAGCCCUCUGCGGCUGCAGAGCCACCGUGUAUCGCACUCGGACCUCAAGCCCUUCACGUGCGGCGCCUGCGGAAAGGCCUUCAAGCGCUCCAGCCACCUGUCGCGGCACCGCGCCACGCACCGUGCCCGCGCGGGCCCACCGCACACCUGCCCGCUCUGCCCACGCCGCUUCCAGGACGCCGCAGAGCUGGCACAGCACGUGCGCCUCCACUAAGCUCGACACCUGUGCUGCCCUGCCUCUCUUUGGGCCACCAAGUCUGACCCACACAGCGUCACUCCCACACACACUCCCUGGCUCUGAGGUUACUGCCUUACUCUGGGCCUCAGUUUCCCCAUCUUCGAAAAGGAGAAGCAUCAUUCUUUCCCCCUCUUUCUAGCUGUGUGAUGUAGACCAAAGUCAUUGCCCCUCCCUGGACCUGGGAGCCAGUCGGAACUGGGUUCUGGUCCAGCUGUGCUGUGAGCCUUUUCAAGUGAAGUGACCUCUCUGAGCCUUGGUUUUCUGCUAUCUGAAGUGGUGAACUGGUUGUUGUCCUAGAGGGGAAGAGAUAACAAAAGAGCACAGGCACGGUCUGGUUCAUUUCUGUAUCUCCCCCACUUCUGCUCACGACCUCCACCCUUUGCUCAAUAAACAUUCCGCACUCCA